CUUCAUUCAGCCAUGACGACUCUAGUCAUGUCCAAUGUCCCUGCCAUUCUGUUGAAUUGGUCACCCGCCAUUGACAUUCUAACAAAUACAUUUAUUUCCUUUGGGUCUGCUGAGCUCUCUUGUAAAGUUCCGGAUGUGAUUAUUACGUAUGAGAACCCGGUUUCCGCUUACAUGGCUAAACAAACACUCAGCGGAACAAAGUUGACAUGGCUGGAAAACGAAGACAGGGCCGAUAUUGUCAGAUUAAAUGGACACUCAUUUGAUAGUGACUUGGUCACAUCAUCCGAGGAGAAGGAAUAUGUUAUUCAGUUAUCGAUUGUUGAGGACGACGAAGAUUGUAACUUAUUAAGAGUUCCGAGAUUUGAACGCAAUUUCUUGAUAUCUCCACCGGGCUCACCUCCGGAUCAUUGGGUACAGACGCAGGAUCCGGCGCCAAAAUUACAAGCAGAUAACUCAUCGGAAUAUAUUCGCCAGCAGCUGGAACAGCUGUCUGAUAAUGUAACCAACAAUUCGGAAAUACUGAAUUCGACCGAGGACACCGUUAUGCCUUCGGAUCCAGAGACAAUUAAGAAUCUCAACCGCCAGCCUUUCACCGCUCAAACACGUAACAGCAACGUUUAUCUACAAAUGCAAGAUAGCUAUAGCCCCACAGAUUGAUUUUUGAUCCCUCGAUAUGGUCACCGAGAUGUUUUUGUUCAUCGUUGAUGACACUGGUCAAUUUCGCAAUAAGUCUAUUUCUAACUGGGAAGGUAUAUUAGAUGUCGCUGGUUAUAAAUCAGAUGACAACAUUGUUUGCCUACGGAAUAAACACUAGGUUUACCUCUUU